AUGAUGAGUUGCUCCCAAAACUGUUUUACUAAAACAAAGCUUAAAAAAGAUCUAAAAGAACUUGAAAAUACUUUGCCAGCAAAAUAUUCAGUUUGGCCCAUAUCUUCUCAAAGUAUUUAUGAUUGUAUUUGCUCAUUAACUGGUCCUAAAAACACUCCUUAUGAAAAUGGGAUUUUUUAUGUAAGAAUAAUAUUGCCUACUCACAAUCAUGGCUCUUUUGCUCAUAUUAAAUUUCUCACAAAAAUUUACCACCCUAACAUAAAUGCGCAAUCAGGAAAUAUAUCUUCAUUUAAUCUGAAAAAAGCUAAAAAUGAUAUAAUGCUAAUAAUAGAAGCAUUAUAUGGCAUCCUGAAAUAUCCCAAUUUGGCAAAUUCUGAGAAUAUUGAAGCGAGAGAUUGCUAUAUGAAUAAUAUAGAAGAAUUUAAUGUUAAUGCUAAUACGCUUGCAUAAGUCCCGUUCCUUUACCUCAACUAGGACUGAUAGCUCUGAGUAACGGUAGGUAAGAUCAGCUAACCGUAGGCUUGUUCAUGUCCCCAAGCCUCAUAGGACCUCUCUAUCUGCAUCAACCUCAGUGCAUAACAUCUUUCUUCAUACUAAGUCUCUCUGGGAGCAUAGAACCCCUCUCACUGAGUCAGAUGUAGGACUGUAAUCCUACCCCUAACUGCCAUUUCAUAUUGUGUAGAAGAAUUUAAUAAAGUUACUGCAGAAUGGACAAGACUUUAUGCAUCAUAA